AUGGCUGAUGGAGAUGACUCUAGUGAAAGUUCGGAUCCUCCUAGGAGACAACGAGACGAUGACUCUGAUCGCCCAAUGAGAAAGAGGAACCAUACUGGGGAGAAAAGGGAUGAUGUGAAGGUUGAUGUUCUUGAUUUUGAUGGAAAAGCACAAAGUGAUGCAUUUAUGGAGUGGUUAUUGACCGUAGAAAGAAUCUUUGAGUUCAAGGAUAUUUUGAGGAGAAAAAGGUUAAGAUUGCUGCCAUCAAGUUUAAGGGAUAUGCUCCACUUUGAUAACCGGCCAAUUCAGGAAGUUAAUGAGGAAGAUGAGGAUGCCUAUGUAGAACCUAAUGAAGGUGAUAUGCUUGUUAUUCAGAGGAUCUUAAAUGCUGAACAUGAAGAUGAAGAAUCAUCGCAACGAGAGGCCCUUUUCCACACGAGGUGUACAUCACAUGGCAAGAUAUGCUCAGUGAUUAUCGAUGGUGCAAGUUGCACUAAUGCUGUUUCAGAAGAGAUGAUGACUAAAUUGAGUUUGGAGACUGAGAGUGGGUACUACCAGAUUCGUAUGAGAGAAGGUGAUGAGUGGAGGACUGCCUUCAAGACUAGCCAAGGCUUGUAUGAAUGGUUGGUAAUUCCUUUUGGUUUGUCGAAUACUCCUAGCACAUUCACGAGGCUUAUGACUCAUGUGUUUAGACCAUUCAUUGGGAAGUUUGUUGUUGUCUGCUUUGACGAUAUCCUAAUUUAUAAUAAAGAGGAAGUUGAACAUGGAAAGCAUUUGGAGAAGGUUUUUGAAACCUUAAGGAGAGAGAAGCUAUAUGCACAACUCAAGAAGUGCAUCUUUUAUACUAACAAUGUUCCCUUUCUUGGUUACAUAGUAACUAGUGCUGGUAUUCAAGCUGACCCAAGCAAGAUUGAGGCAAUCAUAUAUUGGCCAAUUCCUAUGUCAAUUUCGGAUAUAAGGAGCUUUCAUGGAAUGAUGUCCUUCUAUCGAUGA